AUGUGCCCAAUCAAGAAGGAGAUGAUCGGAGAGUCGAGCUCGCCAUACAGCUCGGCGUCAGCCUCGACCUCAUCGGAGCACCACCAGACGGUGUGGACGUCGCCACCGAAGCGGCCCUCGGGGCGGACCAAGUUCCGGGAGACGCGGCACCCAGUGUUCCGCGGCGUCCGGCGCCGGGGCAGCGCCGGGCGGUGGGUGUGCGAGGUGCGCGUGCCGGGGAGGCGCGGCUGCCGGCUCUGGCUCGGCACCUUCGACACCGCCGAGGCCGCGGCCCGCGCGCACGACGCCGCCAUGCUCGCCAUCGCCGGCGCGGGCCGCGCCUGCCUCAACUUCGCUGACUCGGCCUGGCUCCUCGCGGUGCCGGCCUCGUACGCCAGCCUCGCCGAGGUCCGUCACGCGGUCGCGGAGGCCGUGGAGGACUUCCUGCGCCGUGAGGUGGUGGUCCCAGACCAAGAAGACGACGCGCUCUCGGCCACGUCCUCGACGCCGUCGUCCCCGUCCAGCGACGACGGCAACACCUCUGAUGCCGGGGAGUCUUCUGAAUCUGAUUUCUCUCCUCCCACCGGGGCCUCGCCGUUCGAAUUGGACGUGUUCAAUGACAUGAGCUGGGACCUGUACUACGCGAGCUUGGCGCAGGGGAUGCUCGUGGAGCCGCCGUCCGCGGUCACGGCGUUCAUGGACGAAGGCUUCGCCGAUGUGCCACUCUGGAGCUACUAG